CUCUCUCUCACUCUCUUCACGGCCACUACAUACCACUACCACUGCCCACUCCAACCCCAAUACAUCCUGUUAUCCUUCUUGUGGGAUAAAAGUACAGCGUGGGAGGGACGGAACGCUCGCAAAGAUUGAGAGCAGCGUAGGGACCACCAGUGACGAAGACCAGCAGAGUCUCCACCUCACGAACACCACGACGCCCCCCUCCGACAAAAGCGUUCUCUCUCCGAGCAUACGAGCUGCACUCCGACUGCCACCAACGGCACCGGCAACGCCACCGGCAACACCGCCACCAUGACCACGCCCAUGGACGUGGACCACCCGAAGAAGGUGGUGGAGCAGCUGAAGGAGGCUAGUAAUGGCAAUGGCGACAUCGACGAGAGUUUGUACUCCCGCCAGCUGUAUGUGCUGGGUCACGAGGCCAUGAAGCGGAUGGGCAGCAGCAACGUGCUGGUUGUGGGUCUGCGAGGACUGGGUGUCGAGAUUGCAAAGAACAUCGCCCUGGCUGGCGUCAAGAGCCUCACCCUCUUCGACCCCAAGCCGGCCCGUAUUGAGGACCUGUCAUCACAGUUCUUCUUGCAGCCAGCGGAUGUGGGCAAGCCACGCGCUGAUCUGACUGCACCGCGGGUUGCCGAGCUCAACCCAUACACACCCGUCUCCGUCCUCGCAGCAAAGGACCUCACGAGCGACCUGAGCCUGUUGAAGAAGUUCCAGAGCAUCGUGCUGACCGAUACGCCACUCAAGGACCAGCUGAAGAUUGCCGACUUCUGCCACCAAAACGGCAUCUACAUCACCAUCACCGACACAUUUGGCCUGUUUGGUUCCAUCUUCACAGACUUUGGCAAGAACUUCACAGUCGGCGACCCCACUGGCGAGAACCCUCUGAAUGGGAUCGUUGCUGGCAUCGACGAGCAAGGCUUGGUGUCCGCACUGGACGAGACACGUCACGGCCUGGAAGAUGGAGACUUUGUGACCUUCUCGGAGCUAGAGGGUAUGGAGGCGCUGAAUGAUGGCACGCCACGCAAGAUCACCGUGAAGGGGCCGUACACCUUCCAGAUUGAUCUGCCUCAGAAUGCGGGACAGUAUAAGCGAGGCGGUCUGUACCAGCAGGUCAAGAUGCCCAAGAUUCUGGACUUCGAGCCACUCAGCCAGCAGCUCAAGAAGCCGGAGCAGCUCAUCUCCGACUUUGCCAAAUUCGAUCGACCUGGCCAACUACACGCUGGUUUCCAGGCUCUGCACGCAUUCGCCGAGAAGCACAACGGCGAGCUCCCUCGAGCACACAACGACGAAGAUGCGAAAGAGGUGUUUCAGAUUACCAAGGAGAUCAAUGAACAGUCGGAAGAGAAGGCCGAGUUGGACGAGAAGGUCAUUACGGAGUUGUCAUACCAGGCGCGUGGUGACUUGUCACCGAUGGCUGCAUUCUUUGGAGGCCUAGCAGCCCAAGAGGUGCUCAAGUCGGUGUCUGGGAAAUUCCACCCCAUCAAACAGUGGCUAUACCUGGACUCGCUGGAGUCUCUGCCUACAUCUGUCAAGCGUUCCGAAGAGCUGUGCAAGCCUACUGGGUCUCGAUACGAUGGCCAGGUCGCAGUUUUUGGCAAGGAAUACCAGGAGAAGCUGUCAAACGUGAAACAGUUCCUGGUUGGCGCUGGUGCCAUCGGUUGUGAGAUGCUGAAGAAUUGGGCAAUGAUUGGUCUGGGGACGGGGCCUCAGGGUAGAAUCUGGGUUACAGACAUGGACCAGAUCGAGAAGAGCAAUCUCAACAGACAAUUCCUGUUCCGACCCAAGGACGUGGGUCAGCUCAAGUCAGAGUGUGCGUCUCGCGCGGUGCAGGCCAUGAACCCAGACCUCAAAGGUCACAUUGAGAUGCUGAAGGAUCGUGUGGCUCAAGACACCGAGCACAUCUUCAAUGAGAAGUUCUGGGAGAACCUGGACGGCGUGACGAAUGCGCUGGACAACGUCGAUGCUCGGACCUACGUGGACCGAAGAUGCGUCUUCUUCCACAAGCCACUGCUUGACAGUGGUACUCUCGGCACGAAGGGCAACACUCAAGUUGUGCUCCCACGCCUGACAGAAUCGUACUCGAGCUCGCAGGAUCCUCCAGAGCAGUCCUUCCCCAUGUGCACACUCCGAUCGUUCCCGAACCGUAUCGAGCACACCAUUGCAUGGGCGAAGGAGCUCUUCAACAACGUCUUCACUGCCCCCGCGGACAUUGUCAAUUCGUACAUCACACAGAAGGACUAUCUCGGAACCACGCUUAGACAGUCAGGCACUGAGAAGCAGACUCUCGAGACACUCCAGGAGUUCCUCGUGUCGAGCAAGCCAGAGACGUUCGACGACUGCAUAGAAUGGGCACGCUUGCAAUUUGAGAAACACUUCAACAAUUCCAUUCAGCAACUGCUCUACAAUUUCCCCAAGGACAGCAAGACUUCAUCCGGGCAACCGUUCUGGUCGGGACCAAAGCGUGCACCAGAUGCACUCGCAUUCGACAUCAACAACGAAUCGCACUACAACUUUGUCCUUGCAGGUGCCAAUCUGCACGCCUUCAACUACCACAUCAAGCAGAACAGCGAUCGUGACUACAUUGCGGGUGUCCUCGAUCGCAUGAUGGUACCAGACUUCAAGCCUGACCCAGGCGUGAAGAUUCAGGCCGACGACAAGGAGCCUGAUCCGAAUGCACCAGCCGGUGGCAUCGACGAGGACAACGCACAGCUCGAGAAGCUGGCCAAAUCUCUGCCACAACCAAAGCAGCUUGCAGACUUCCGCCUGGAGGGCGUCGAGUUUGAAAAGGAUGAUGAUACCAACUUUCACAUUGACUUCAUCACUGCGGCUGCGAAUCUCCGUGCAGAGAACUACAAGAUUCAGACGGCUGAUCGUCAUAAGAUCAAGUUCAUCGCAGGGAAGAUCAUUCCUGCCAUUGCCACCACGACUGCGCUGGUCACGGGAUUAGUCAUCCUCGAGCUGUUCAAGAUCGUCGAUGGAAAGGAUGAUAUCGAACAGUACAAGAAUGGCUUCGUCAACCUGGCACUGCCAUUCUUCGGAUUCUCUGAGCCCAUUGCCUCGCCCAAGGGUGUAUACCAGGGUGUCAACGGAGAAGAGACGAUUGACAAGCUGUGGGACCGCUUCGAGACGGAGGAUGUGACCUUGCAGCAGUUCCUGGACAAUUUCAAGGCAAAGGGCCUGAGUGUCACCAUGAUCAGUUCUGGCGUGAGUCUGUUAUACGCGAGCUUCUACCCUGCCGCGAAGAACAAGGACCGAUUACCGAUGAAGCUCUCUCAACUUACCGAGACGAUCUCGAAGAAGAAGAUUCCCGAGCAUCAACAGAAUGUGAUUUUCGAAAUCACUGCCGAAGACACGACGGAAGAAGAUGUCGAGAUUCCAUAUGUGAUGGUCAAGCUUGGCGAUCGCAAGUAGAUGUUCUGCUGUGUUCUCCACACAUAUCCGUGCUGAUGACUGCGAUGCAGCAGAAAUAGAAGGACGAUCUGAAUGAAUAGCAAUCACAAUUGUGCAUGAUGUAGGAUGCAUCACGUCCAGACUCGAGACUGGAAACGAGCGAUCGAGCGUGGAUGAAGAUAGAUAGAGCACGAAUGCAAACUCUUUCC